AUGGUGGCGCCACCCUCUCCCCUGUUUGUUUACGCCGAUUUUGAAGCCAUGCAGAAUGCAGAAGGUGUGUUUGUAGCCAAUUUGUUGUGUUAUUCGUCUAGUGAAGAAACGACUAUUCAUGUGUUGGACGGAGAGGACUGUGCCCUCCAAUUUUUGCAUGAUUUGGAUGAUCUCGCGACUCUCCCGGACACAGAGGGCGAGCGGACCAUUCUCGUGGUGUUUCAUAAUUUGAAAGGCUUCGACGGUAUGUUUAUUCUCCAUGAGCUGUACCAGCAACAACGCGAAGUGGUGGAUCAAUUGACGGUGGGCGCUAAAGUGUUGUCCUUCAGGAGUGGACCCCUCAAAUUCAUUGACUCGUUAUGUUUCUUACCCAUGCCGCUGGCCUCCUUUCCCAGCACCUUCAAUUUGACCGAAUUAAAGAAGGGCUUCUUUCCUCAUUUGUUCAAUACCCCGGAUCAUCAACAGUAUGUGGGUCGGAUCCCUGAUUUGGAAUUUUACGAUCCCGAGGGUAUGAUGGCCAAAAAGAAAGACGAACUGACGCGUUGGCAUGCGGAUCAAGUCCGUCGUAAUGUGCGUUUUGAUUUCCAGCAAGACAUGAUCGACUAUUGUAAAUCAGAUGUGGCGCUGUUGAAAGCGGGAUGUGAAGCUUUCCAACAAGAAUUUGAACAGCAGGCUGGCUUCAAUCCCAUGGCUAAAUGCAUCACCAUCGCCAGUGCCUGCAAUCUCUAUUGGCGCAAGCACCAUUUGACCCCUGAUACCAUUGCCGUCGAACCGCUCAGGGGCUGGCGAGGGGCUCAAGUCAAUCAAUCGCUCAAGGCCCUACAAUGGCUGUACUACCAAGAACAUCUCCUUCCCAAGGAGGGAGCCAGUGCCGAUCGCAUUCGUCAUGUCCGGAAUGGGGGUGAGCAGUUUGUCCGGACCCUUGUGAACAGUUAUUUCGUCGAUGGCUAUGAUCCUCUGACCCGAACCGUCUACGAAUUUCAUGGGUGUCUCUAUCAUGGCUGUCCCACUUGUUAUCCCAUGAGAAACGCCAAACAUUAUGCAGUGCCAGACAGAAGCGUGGAGGAACUGUAUCAAGCCACACUCUCUAAACGCCUGGCUCUGCUCCGAGCAGGUUACAUAGUGAUCGAAAUGUGGGAAUGUGACUGGGACCGACUGGUUGAUGACGAGCCCGCUGUCUCUCAGUUUCUGGCUUCUUUUGAUCUGGUGGCUCCCUUGGAACCCCGCGAGGCCUUUUUUGGGGGUCGCACCGGCGCGGUGGCUCUGCAUGCCGUGGCUGAGGAGGGGGAGGAGAUACGCUAUGUGGAUGUCACGUCCCUGUACCCGUGGGUGAACAAGAACUGCCCUUACCCCAUUGGUCAUCCCAAGAUCAUCACCCAACCUGCUGACCAGUCCCUGGCGUCCUAUUUUGGUCUGGCCACGGUGGACAUUCUGCCUCCGACUGGUCUAUUCCACCCCGUCUUGCCUGUACGCUGUGGCCAAAAACUCACGUUUCCUCUCUGUCGUGCCUGUGUCCAGACAGAGCAAGCCCAACCUAUGUUGACUAGAACCCAGUAUUGCCCUCAUUCGGAUGCGGAUCGUACACUACGUGGGACCUGGUGCACGCCUGAGCUGGUUAAAGCUGUGGAAAAAGGGUACACCCUCGUCAAGAUCCAUGAAGUCUGGCAUUUUCCCCCCGAGCAACGCCAAACGGGUCUUUUCGCCAAUUACGUGAACACUUGGUUGAAGUUGAAACAAGAAUCCGCUGGGUGGCCCAGUUGGUGUCAGACCCUCGAACAAAAACGCGAAUACAUUCAUCGCUACCAGGAACGGGAGGGGAUCCGACUGGAUAUUGCCAGCAUUGCCAAAAAUCCCGGUCGCAAGGCCACAGCCAAGCUCAUGCUGAAUAGUUUCUGGGGCAAGUUUGGCGAGCGGGUCAACAAACCCACCACCGUCACCGUUCAAAACCCCGCCCAUUUGUUCAGCCUCGUUUCUGAUGCGGCUCUUGAUCUCAGUACGCUCCGCCUCUGUACCGAUGAUAUUUUGGAAGCCGUCUAUACCAGUGUCCAAGACAAUGCCGUCAAAGGCACCAAGACCAAUAUCUUUGUGGCGGCGUUCACCACGUGUCAUGCCCGAUUGAAACUCUACGAGUCCCUGGACAUCUUGCAACAGCAAGUCCUCUACUACGAUACUGACAGUGUAGUGUACAAGUGGCGUCCCGGUCAACCCAGUAUUGCCACUGGGGAUUUUCUAGGGGACAUGACGGAUGAAUUGGACGGGGAUGUCGUCACUGAGUUUGUUUCGGGGGGCGCCAAGAAUUAUGGGUACACGACCCGUGGAGGUAAAGUGGUGUGUAAGGUCCGCGGUUUCACGCUGAACGUCCGGGGGUCGGCCAUCCUCAAUUUUCAUACCAUGAAAGAGAACAUUCUCUCGGAAUUAAACUCGCCUCAGGACACUCGCCGAAAUUUGAACAUUGUCAACCCCUAUCAUUUCACACGGGAUUUGGAAAAGAAACACAUUCAAGUGGUUCCGCGCGUGAAG